UAUCUGCCUGUAUCUUCUCUUCCUGCGAGGGGUUUCCUACCGUGCAAUAUAAAGGAGAAAGGCCCGGUUUUUUCAGGAAUUUCUUUCUCUCGUGCAGUUGUAGAAUAUCAUCAUUUCGCGACGUUUCACUAUCGUGGCAAGUGGCGGCACUUCAUAGAUCAAACACAAAAUGACGCGGCCAAAAGCCCUCUUACUAGGCAAAAUCGACCACGCCACAAAGACCUGGGCGUCUCUCACCGACAUCGCGGACCUCGUCACCACGCAUGCAACCAACCGGCGCGAAUUCAUCCAGGAAUGCAAAGACGGUAAACUCGACGGCGUCGUCGUCGCAUACCGCACCUUCGGGUCAUUCGAGAUCACCGGCCAAUUCGACGCAGAGCUGGUAUCUGCGUUGCCGAAAUCUAUGCUAUUUCUCGCACACUGCGGCGCAGGGUAUGACCAAGUCGAUGUGCACGCGUGCACGCAACGCAAUCCACCGCUGCUCGUCUCCAACGUGCCGACAGCCGUCGACGACGCAACCGCCGACGUGAACAUGUUCCUGAUCCUCGGCGCACUGCGGAACUUCAAUGCCGGCAUGCACGCGCUCCGCGCGGGCCAGUUUCGCGGUCAACCCGCUCCACGACUCGGUCAUGACCCCGAGGGCAAGGUGCUAGGCAUCCUCGGUAUGGGCGGAAUCGGGCGCAACUUGAAGCGCAAGGCAGAGGCGUUUGGAAUGAAAGUCGUGUAUCACAAUCGUCGCAAACUCAGCGAGGCGAUGGCGGCGGGCGCAGAGUAUGUCGGGUUUGAGGAGUUGUUGGCGCGGAGUGAUGUGAUUAGUUUGAAUUUGCCGCUUAACCCUCAUACGCGCCAUAUCAUUGGUGCAGCCGAAUUCGCAAAGAUGAAAGACGGGGUGGUUAUUGUUAAUACAGCGCGAGGCGCAGUUAUGGACGAAGCCGCGCUCGUGGAGGCGCUGGAUAGUGGGAAAGUGUACUCAGCCGGGCUGGAUGUUUUUGAAGAAGAGCCAAAAGUGCAUCCGGGGCUUGUGCGGAAUCCGAAUGUUUUACUUGUACCUCAUAUGGGGACGUGGACUGUCGAGACGCAAACAGCAAUGGAAGAAUGGGCGAUUGCUAAUGUUCGACAGGCUCUGGAAAGAGGAACACUCAAGAGUAUUGUGCCAGAGCAAGCAGAUUUGUAGGACAAAGAAUAACUGGGUAAGUAGAUAUAUUUAGAUGGCCAAAUCAUAGACUACUUUCAAAAUAAUCAUUGA